UCAGAUAUCCACGAGUGGUUCCCGUAUGAGUAAGGUCUGCCACGGGCACAGAUCACCCAGAUCACCCACGCGCGGACACCCGCGGGCCUUGACCCGGGUACGGGUCACCCGUGCGCCUGUACCCGGGCGGGGCUCCGUACAACCAUCAUCCCUGAUUUCAAAGGAUUGGGCGGGUUUGAUCGCAUGGAGCGCCAUGGGUUUGUGUCUACAUUUGAUUACGCAUCUUCCCUCCCUACUCCACUUUCUCAUGGGAAUUUGACCGAAUGCGGACAUGUUGUUUUUGACUUGCCCCCAUAUAUUUGCAUGAGUGGAAUAUGAGUAGGGCUGGGUGAGAAACUAAAUCAGCGGGUUUUUCACAGUUAAGAACAAGCCGGCCUGAAGGGACCGCUUUUUCACGUGGUGAAAUUGUGUUAAAAACUAGCCGAGUGCACCGCGUUUUUUUUUUAGAUAUUUAUGUUAAAAACAUGUUUAAA